GAAGAUAUGACCUGUGAGAAAAAGUCCUUGGGUCCGUUGCUGAACGUCCGGAUGAAAGACCUGGCCAUGUUGGUGUAGUUGGCUUUGGGAGUUUGGACUCUAUCUUUUUGUGAAAAAACGCUCCAGUCCACAAAAGUCGUCCUUUAUUUGUCAACGAAAUGGGCUCAGCAGAAGUUGAUAAGCAUACCCCUCCAUCAGGUGAUGGUGCUGGAAAAGAUAUGUUGACUGGGUUGUCAAAUGGCAUGGAUCGCCAUAAAUCCAAGGAUAAGGACCAUCAUUCUCACAAGCACAAACAUAAAGAUAAAGAUCGUGAGAAAUCUAAAGACAAAAGCCGUGAUAAACACAAGGACAAGCACAAGGAUAAGCAUAGGGAUAAGGAUAAGCAUAAAGACAAAUCUAAGGACAAAGAUAGAAAGCAUGACAAAGAAGAACGCAGCAAGGACCGGAAGCAUAGUAAAGAGGAUAGAAAGGUGGAAAAAGAAGAGAAGAAGAAAGGGAAGGACAAAUCCAAAGACAAAGCUGAAAAAUCCCAAUAUGUUGAAGUUAAAAAUGAACCUUUGUCUGAAGAUGAUGAUGUACCAUUGGCUUCUCGCUCAUUCAGCCAGACUUCACAGGAUUCUGAGGAUGAUGAUCAACCCUUAGCUUUUCGUCAAAAGGUUAAACCUGAGGUUAAAGCUGAAGUUAAAGCUGAAAAACCGGUGAAGAGAAAGGCCGAAGUUUUGGAUGAUGAUGAUUUUUCAGCUUCUAAGAAGAAAACUAAAAAAGUAAAAGAGGAAAAGAAAGAAAAGGCAAACAAGAAACCAGCCACUCCAAAUGGUUCGCCCACCAAACGAGCCAAAAAAGAAAAAGAAGAGGAAGAAACGUGGAAAUGGUGGGAAGAAGAGAAGCAUGAAGAUGGAGUUAAAUGGAAAUCCUUAGAGCAUAAGGGUCCAGUGUUUGCUACACAAUAUGAACCCCUGCCAGGAAAUGUUAAGUUUAAGUAUAAUGGUCAAGAAAUGAAAUUGAGUACAGCUGCUGAAGAAGUUGGAUCAUUCUAUGCUGCUAUGCUGGAUCAUGACUAUGUGACUAAAGAUGUAUUUAAUAAGAAUUUUUUCAAAGAUUGGCGUAAAUUUAUGACUCAUUCUGAGAAAGAGAUUAUUACUGAUCUCAAAAAGUGUGAUUUCACCUAUAUGCUAACCUAUUUUAAAGCUAAAUCUGAAGAGAGAAAGAACAGGACCAAAGAAGAAAAACUUAAGCUGAAAUCAGAAAAUGAAGAAAUGGUUAAGGAAUAUGGAUGGUGUAUUAUUGAUGGACACAAACAACGUAUUGGCAAUUUCAAAAUUGAACCGCCAGGUCUCUUUCGGGGUCGUGGUGAUCAUCCUAAAAUGGGGAUGGUAAAGCGGAGGGUAAUACCAGAAGAUGUCAUCAUUAACUGUACUAAAGGAACUGCACCUAAACCUCCCCCUGGUCAUAAAUGGAAAGAAGUUCGUAGUGACAAUACCGUCACCUGGCUAGCUUCGUGGACAGAAAACGUCCAAGGGCAAGUGAAAUACAUCAUGUUGAAUUCAGCAUCUCGGUUGAAAGGAGAGAAGGAUUGGCAAAAAUAUGAAAUUGCCCGUCAAUUGAAAGAUUCUGUCGAUAAAAUUCGUGAGACCUACAAAGAAGAUUGGAAAUCAAAAGAGAUGAAAAUCCGUCAAAGAUCCGUUGCAUUAUAUUUUAUUGACAAGUUGGCGCUCAGGGCAGGUAACGAAAAAGAUGAAGAUCAGGCCGAUACUGUUGGUGCUUGUUCUUUGCGAGUUGAACAUAUAUCACUUCACGAACAGAAGGAAGGAAAACAGUGUGUUGUAGUCUUCGAUUUUCUCGGUAAGGAUUCUAUUCGAUACUACAAUGAAGUUCCAGUGGAGAAGCGAGUCUUCAAAAACCUACAGAUAUUUAUGGAAAAUAAAAAACCAGGAGACGAUCUCUUUGAUCGACUGAAUACCACCAUCAUGAACAAACAUCUGAACGAUCUAAUGGAAGGGCUUACGGCUAAAGUGUUCCGUACUUUUAACGCUUCCAAUACGCUUCAAGAACAGCUGGACGAACUAACCGAUCCGAAAUCUUCGGUUACUGAAAAGAUUUUGGCAUACAACCGGGCUAAUCGUGCUGUAGCUAUCCUUUGUAACCAUCAACGUGCUGUGCCGAAGACGUUCGCUAAAUCGAUGGAAAAUCUCCAAGUAAAAAUAACUACAAAACGAGAAGCUAUUGAAGACGCAGAGAAAAGUUUUAAAGAUCUGAAAAAAGAAGCCAAGAAAACGGGAUCCGCUGCUGCAAAAAUUGCAGCAGGCAAAAAAGAGAAGCAAGUCGAGAAACUCAAGGAGCAAUUAAUGAAGUUGGAAGUUCAAGCUACAGACAGGGAAGAAAACAAGGAGAUCGCCUUGGGUACCUCCAAGUUGAAUUACUUAGAUCCACGUAUUUCCGUUGCAUGGUGCAAGAAAAAUGAUGUACCUAUUGAGAAGAUAUACAAUAAGACCCAGAGAGAGAAAUUCCAAUGGGCGAUUGACAUGGCGGGACCCGAAUUUGUAUUUUGACGAACGAUUUUGGGACACUUAACUAGACAUUACAAUGAGUUGAGAGCCUUUGUCUUCAUACCUUAAUUUUUGGCAAUUGAAGUGCAAAGGUAUACGGUCGUUUGCUAAGGAAAAUGUGACUGCCUCCCUCUUUAAGAACCCUCUAUUGAGGGUCAAUUUUUUUAUCAUAAUAAAACUUCUCAUGUGUUUGUACCAUGUUUCAUGGAAUGUGUGGGUCCGCCUGUCGGAUUCUUGCCAACCAAUUGUUCCAUCUCUUUCUCGUCUCGCAUCAACUUCUCGGCGGUUUUCUGUGUAGCGGUGUGAAAAGUAAAGCUGCGUAGGCUUGAAAAAUAAAAUUCUUAUAGCCUUUAA